AUCUAUCACUCCUGGCAGUGUUCAGAGAAAAUAAGAGGAAUCACCUAUCUACAAGCCAUAGAGGGUAUUCCUCUGGCGGACCUCAACGACAAGAGGAUGAGAGGCGCACCGGUUUUACUCGGCGACGAAAGGAUGAGAGGCGCUCCGGUUUUACUCGACAACAAGAGGAAUCGCCGAUCUGUGGGCGACACUCUUGAUGGCGGCCAAUAAGAGAUCAAGGCAGAUUCGACCAGCGUGACUAUGAGGAUUCGUGUAGAGCUUCUGAAAUGCGAAGCCGGAGGGAUCUUGAUUGGAAGAGGGUGUCGGCGGCAAUCUUAAGAGAAAAUUGGAAUUUCGUCCGUGUUUUCGACUCAGCAGGCCUACUAAGGAGAAACAACUGACGAGAGACCAAAGGUUCAACGACGGGAACAAUUGACCUUAUCUCCGAUUCAAGUUGAGCGACCAAAGAAGGCAUCACACCAUCAUCGAAACUUUAAGACGGCCUCAUCUCAGGUUUCACGCUCAUGACCAGGCUUGUGCUUCUGAACUCCAUUUUUGGACUCUGAAUUAGCGGCUCUGAAAAUCCCAUCAUCGCCAGGGGACAUGGCUUUAGUCAGCCGUGAAGAAUGCUCACUGGAAUCUUCAUAUAUCCUUCCACUAAAUGGAGCUGGCAGAGCCCAUACUGGUGAAGCUAAAGAGGAUGAGAAUGGGAAGGAAGAAGCCAUAAGCUCCUCUGCUGAUCCUUUUGUUCUGUCCAAGUCUCCCUCUCCUCCGCCUAUUUCUACUCCUGCUGCUAGGUUGGCAAGAAGCAAAAUAAAGAGCAAGGUGAUGAUGAGGACAAUGAGGAAGAAGAAAGAUUUUUCUAAAUUAAUAUGUUUUGUGAAGCAGUUUGAUUUAUCUCAUUACGUCAUAAUGUUUUAGUAACUCUAGUGAGUUUUGUCUCAGAGUUUAUACAUGGAUAUAUACGUCCUAGAUCUGAUUGAACAUAUUAUUUAUGUAAUUUUUACAUUUUGUUAAUAAAUGAAAUAUUAUUUUGAUAUUUUGCAUUGCUCUUGCAAUUUUAUAUACGGAGU